AUGAACAUUUAUAAUAAACAUGCAAGUACCGUUAAUUUACAACAACUUGUUACAAACAUUCCAGUUCGACGGAAAGCACCUGAUCAACUUGAAAGAGAUAAAUUUGAAUGGACACAAUGGCAAAGUGCAAGUAAAGCUGUUAAUAAUUUGGAAACGCCAGCUAAAGAAAAACAUGUUCGAAAUUUAAUAUUGGGAACAUUUCGGCUCGAAGGAGCAAAAUUAUUUUGGUCAAUGUGUACGAAACUACAAUUAGAAAGUCAUCCAAUUGUUUGUUGGAAAUUUUGUUAUGUUAUACACAGGCUACUUCGCGAUGGUCACAAACAUGUUGUUCAUGAUUCAAUACCGUUAGCGGCCUAUUUUGAUCAAUUAGGAAAAUUUUGGAGUGCUCUACGGCAAAGUUAUGGUACAAUGACCUAUCGAUAUUGUCGAUUAAUAAUUGUAAAACUGGGAUUUCACGAAAGAAAUGCAAUGUUUAGUGGUAAUUUGAAUAUCGGUGAAGGAAAUGAUGUAAGAAAGAUAUUUAACGAGAAUAUGGAUGCUUACUUUCAAUUAUCUAUUGAGCUAAUGGAUUAUAUGGAGGAAAUUUUGGGUUUAGUUGAUGCUGUGUUUACCUCUCUCGAUCAAUCUCGUGCAAAUUCGAUGACAGCAAGUGGUCAAUGUCGAUUACAUCCACUUAUACUGUGUGUUCAAGAUUCUAGUUUACUAUAUGAUUACAUUGUUAAAGUUUUGUUUAAAUUACAUGAUAAUCUUUCUGGUGAUUCAUUAACCGGACAUCGAACACGUUUGAUAGAAGUAUUUCGACGAUUAAAAAAAUUUUAUGAUCAAGUAUCAACUUUACAAUAUUUUCGAGAUUUGAUUAAAGUACCAGUGCUGCCUGAUAAUCCACCUAACUUCAAAAUCAAAGAAGAUUUUAAAAAUUAUCAUACGCCAGUUGCCACAAUUGUUACUCCACCUCCUGAGCCCACACAAGUUAUUGAAGCGUCAUUGAUCGACACGACAGAUGCAUCUUCGGAUAUUUUACCGGCAAAUGAUCCAUUUCUCGCCGAUGUAUGGCCUCCUAAUGGACAUGAUGAUUAUAGAGCAAAAGAAAUUGCGGAUCUUGAACAACGCAUUUUUCAGAGUCGUUUACAAUUAGAAGAACAAAUUCGUCAGCAAUUAGAGAAUACACGUCGGAUAGAAGAAAUGCAUGCUCUUGAACAAAAAGUAAAUUCAGAUGAAAAAUAUAUUAAAAUGCGUGAUCAAUAUAAUAAAUUACGUGAAGAACAUAUUCUUGUUCUAAGACGUGAAGGAGAAAUCAAAAAACAAUUAGGUAUAAUGAAACAAAAUUAUGAACAAUUACUCGAAACAAAAAAUAAAUUGGAAAUAGAUUACAAGAAAUUAAAAGAUGAAUGUGAACAAAUGAAUUUCAAUUUUAAUUCAAAAAUAUCUCAAUUUGAAACAUUAGAUAAUGAAAUAUUACAGAUGAGAAAAAUAAAUGACAAUUUAAAAAAAAAUAUUGAAAAACUGACGAGUUUAAAUCAAACACUUGAAAAUACCAUGAAGUCAAUGACAAAUGAAUUAGUUGAAAAAAAACAAAUUUUACAAAAAGAAAAAUCGAGUUGGGAAAAUCAAUCAAAAACAGAGUUGACAAUAUUACGUUUUGUUGAGGAUUUAAAUCAAUUAAUUGAAACAUUUAAACAAAAUCAAUUGAAUUUACAAGAAGCAUUAGUUGAAAAAGAGAAAAUUAUUCAAGAAACAUCAGCUGAAAAAAAGAAAAUUAUUCAGGAGAAUGAACUGAAGAAAAAAGAUUUUCAAAGUGAUAUUGAAAAAUUACGCGAAUACAAUAAGACAAUUGAAGUUAGUUUAAAAUCAACAUCCAACAAUUUAACUGAGAAAAUCAUCACAUUAGAAAAUGAAGUUAAACGCUUAAAAGAUGAAAAUGAAGAUUCAAAUCAAUUAAUUGAAACAUUUAAACAAAAUCAAUUAAAUUUACAAGAAGCAUUAGUUGAAAAAGAGAAAGUUAUUCAAGAAGCAUUAGUUGAAAAAGAGAAAAUUAUUCAAGAAACAUCUGUUGAAAAAAAGAAAAUUAUUCAAGAGAAUGAACUGAAGAAAAAAGAUUUUCAAAGUGAUAUUGAAAAAUUACGCGAAUACAAUAAGACAAUUGAAGUUAGUUUAAAAUCAACAUCCAACGAUUUAACUGAGAAAAUCAUCACAUUAGAAAAUGAAGUUAAACGCUUGAAAGAUGAAAAUGAAGAUUCAAAUCAAUUAAUUGAAACAUUUAAACAAAAUCAAUUAAAUUUACAAGAAACAUUAGUUGAAAAAGAGAAAAUUAUUCAAGAAACAUCAGUUGAGAAAAAGAAAAUUAUUCAAGAGAAUGAACUGAAGAAAAAAGAUUUUCAAAGUGAUAUUGAAAAAUUACGCGAAUACAAUAAGACACUUGAAGUUAGUUUAAAAUCAACAUCCAACGAUUUAGCUGAGAAAAUCAUCACAUUAGAAAACGAAGUUAAACGCUUGAAAGAUGAAAAUGAAGAUUCAAAUCAAUUAAUUGAAACAUUUAAACAAAAUCAAUUAAAUUUACAAGAAGCAUUAGUUGAAAAAGAGAAAGUUAUUCAAGAAGCAUUAGUUGAAAAAGAGAAAAUUAUUCAAGAAACAUCUGUUGAAAAAAAGAAAAUUAUUCAAGAGAAUGAACUGAAGAAAAAAGAUUUUCAAAGUGAUAUUGAAAAAUUACGCGAAUACAAUAAGACAAUUGAAGUUAGUUUAAAAUCAACAUCCAACGAUUUAACUGAGAAAAUCGUCACAUUAGAAAAUGAAGUUAAACGCUUGAAAGAUGAAAAUGAAAAUUUGUUGAAAUUAAUUGAGCAAACGAAGAAUGAAAAAUCAAUUUUAGAGGAAAAUUUGACACAGUGUAAUAUGAAGAUUGAAAAGUUAAGAACAGUAAAUGAGCUACUUGAAAAACAGCUUGAACAAUUGAAUGAAAAACAUUCUCAGGAUAAAGAACAAUACGAAUUGUUCUAUGUAAAUGCAGCACAAACAAAAGCACAUAUUGAAGAAAAUUUAGCACAAAUGAACACUAGGCACAAUGAACUAAAUGAUACAAUUAUUGCAUUAACAAGUGAACGAAAUGAUUACAAAACAUCAGUUUUAGCAAUGAGUGAACGAAUAAAAGAAAUUGAAAAUGAAAAGAAGGUACCUCGAACACUUGACCAAUUGUAUAAACAGACACAAGAUGAAAAAGUGAAGAUUGAUAAACAACUAGCCACGCAUACAUCUGAAUUUGAAUCCAAAUUAAAAGAGUACGAACUCAAUCGAAAAGAUUUAUUAGAUCAAAAUCGAGAACAUGAAGAAAAUUUGAUUGAUCUUGUUCAUGAAAAAGAAGUAUUAGAAACGAAAGUAGAAGAUUUACAGUUAACAGCUCAAGAUUUGGCAAAAAAAUUACAUUUUAUAAAUGAAAGUCAAAAACUACUGCAAAUAAAUCAUACAAAUAUAUUAGAAAAUCUCAAAGAAUCAUAUAAGUUGUCACUAUUAGAUCAUUGUAUUAAUCAUAUCUAUGAUGGUAUUGAACGAUCUAAUGACAGUGAAUUAUUAUAUUGUAAGAGUGGAGCAGAAUAUCUUUUGUCACGAUUAAAAUCAUCAUUAUCAACUUUAACAACAACACAUGAUUAUUGGAAAAAACAUCAGUCAUCAGAAGGGGCUUUAUUAUCAUUUCUUAAUGAAUGUGUGUCAUUAUCACAUUAUAUAUCAGAUGUAGUUGUACAUGGCAAAGCAACAUCAAAUCUUGUACAAGAUGCUGAUAAAGGAGUUGAACUAGCUGAUAGUUGUCGUGAAGUCGGAACAUCUUCUAUAGAAAUAUUUGACACUUAUAAACGAACUAUAUCUCCUGAAAGUUUUGAGAAUGAUAUUAAAGAUUUGACAAGAAAACUUAAUAGAUUAAUAACAAAUACAACAAAUUUAUUGCCAAAAAUUACUGAUAUUAGUAAAGAAGAACUUGGUGAUUUGGUUGAAAAAGAAUUACAAAAUACUCAUGAAACAAUUGAUGAAGCAGUUAGACAAAUUCAAGCAUUAUUGGAAAAAUCACGUAUUACGGAUACGGGUGUUAAAUUAGAAGUAAAUAGUAAAAUAUUAGAUACAUGUGGAGAGUUAAUGCAAGCGAUUCGACAAUUGAUAAUAAGAGCAAGAGAUUUACAGAAAGAAAUUGUUUCACAAGGACGAGGUACUGCAACGGCAAAAGAAUUUUAUACAAAAAAUCACAAAUGGACAGAAGGACUUGUUAGUGCAGCGAAAAAUGUUGGUCUCAAUGCAAAAGUACUCAUUGAAUCGGCUGAUCAUUUAUUGAGUGGUAAUGGUAAAUUUGAAGAAAUAAUCGCUUGUUCAAAUGAAAUAGCGAGCGCAACAGCUCAGCUUGUUGCUGCAUCUAAUGUAAAAGCUGAUCGUGAAAGUAAAAAUCGUGAAGCAUUAACACAUGCUUCGAAACAAGUGACAGCAGCUACAGCUCAAGUUGUUGCAACAGCCAAAAGUGGAGCAAUAACUAUUGAAGAAAAAAGUACACUGGAUUUUAGUUCAUAUAGUUUACAUAAAACAAAGCGUGCCGAAAUGGAUGCUCAAGUAAAAGUUUUAGAACUAGAAAAACAACUUGAACAAGCAAAAGUUAGCUUGUAUACACUACGAAAACGUCAUUAUCAAUUAGCUGGUGAAGAUGGAGGAUGGGAUGCGAAUGGAACUAAUAUUCGAUCAUAA